GAGGAAAGCUACGUGCAGGCUGAACAAUGACCUAACUGUCGCUCUUUUUGUACAUUUAGAUGUUCUUGUUUGACUGUGUUGAGCAAAGGUGUUUGCGCUGUACAGAAGAGUGCCUGCUCCUUCCCAAAUGAAUGCUGCAAAGUUACAAUUGUGAAGUGUUUCAGGGCCGCCAGUUUGAAGGGGUGACCAGUGUUAAUUCCCCCCACUGUACAAACUCACCUGCAAUGGCUGAAGUUCCGAACACCAAAAGGAUCGAGAAGCCAAAACUUCAUUUUGCAGGCUUCAUCUUUCUCCUCCCACCAGUUUAUAAUCAGGGAACAGCGCUGUAAGCCUUUAAACAAAAUGAUCGAGAUGGUGGAGCCAGGACAAGAUCUGUUGCUUGCUGCUUUGAGUGAGAGUGGAAUCAGUCCAAAUGAUCUAUUUGAUAUUGACUCUCCGGACGUGGUUCUUGCAAAUCCAGCUCCAACUCCAGCUGUUCAGCAGUCAGUGCCACUUAGUGCAUUAGAGCUAGGCUUGGAAACUGAGGCCACAGCUGCUGUGAAACAAGAACCAGAGACUGUAUCGACUCCAGCCUUAUUAAAUGUUCGGCAACCACCAUCCACCACAACCUUUGUGCUGAAUCAAAUAAAUCAGCUUCCAACUUUGGGGACUACAAUAGUGAUGACAAAAACAACACCUGUUACAACCACAAGGCAGACUAUUACUGUAGCAAAAAUCAUUCAGACCAGCACAACUACUCGACCCUCAGUUGCAGCACCAGCAGUACGGAAUGCCUUGACCACUGCACCUUCGAAGGACCAGAUUCAGCUGAAAGAUCUUCUGAAGAAUAAUAGUCUUAAUGAACUAAUGAAAUUGAAGCCACCUCCUAACAUUGCCCAACCAGUAGCAACAGCAGCAAACGUAAUUGUAGUUCCUAAGGUAGUAAAUGCCACCAAACCAGCUGAUCUAAGCAAUGGUGCAGUGAAGAAGGAGGCUUCCACAAAAGAGGUAGCAAGAAUAUGGAUAAAUGAUAUUAAAAUGAGAAGUUUUUCACCUACUAUGAAAGUGCCAGCAGUGAAAGAGGAGGAGGAACCUGAGGAAGAAGAUGAAGAAGAAAUGGGCCACGCAGAAACUUACGCUGAGUACAUGCCAAUAAAAUUAAAAAUUGGUCUACGUCAUCCUGACCCGGUAGUGGAAACCAGCUCGUUAUCCAGUGUAACUCCUCCUGAUGUGUGGUACCAGACAUCGAUAUCAGAAGAAACAAUUGAUAAUGGCUGGUUGUCAGCUUUGCAACUUGAAGCGAUCACUUAUGCAGCCCAGCAACAUGAAACAUUCCUGCCCAAUGGAGACAGAGCUGGAUUCUUGAUAGGUGAUGGUGCUGGUGUAGGAAAAGGAAGGACCAUAGCUGGGAUAAUCUAUGAAAAUUACUUGUUAGGCAGAAAAAGAGCAGUCUGGUUUAGCGUGUCGAAUGAUCUGAAAUAUGAUGCUGAAAGAGAUUUGAGAGAUAUUGGAGCAAAAAACAUUUUGGUUCAUUCAUUAAACAAGUUCAAGUAUGGGAAGAUUUCUUCCAAACACAAUGGAAGCGUGAAGAAGGGUGUCAUUUUUGCCACGUAUUCCUCUCUUAUUGGUGAAAGUCAGUCUGGUGGUAAAUACAAAACCAGAUUAAAGCAGCUUCUUCACUGGUGUGGUGAAGACUUUGAUGGAGUCAUUGUAUUUGAUGAGUGUCAUAAAGCCAAGAAUCUGUGUCCUGUUGGUUCAUCAAAACCGACAAAAACAGGUCUGGCUGUACUGGAACUUCAAAAUAAACUUCCAAAAGCUAGGGUUGUUUAUGCUAGUGCCACAGGUGCAUCUGAGCCAAGAAAUAUGGCAUACAUGAACCGUCUUGGAAUAUGGGGUGAAGGAACUCCAUUUAGGGAAUUCAGUGACUUUAUUCAGGCUGUCGAAAGAAGAGGUGUUGGUGCCAUGGAAAUAGUUGCUAUGGAUAUGAAACUGAGAGGAAUGUACAUAGCUAGACAGUUGAGUUUUUCAGGUGUAACUUUCAAAAUUGAUGAAGUUCUGCUUUCACAGGAAUAUGUUAAAAUGUACAAUAAAUCUGUGAAACUGUGGGUCAGCGCUAGAGAAAGGUUUCAACAAGCGGCUGAUCUUAUUGAUGCAGAACAACGAAUGAAAAAGUCUAUGUGGGGUCAAUUUUGGUCAGCUCAUCAGAGGUUUUUCAAGUACCUUUGCAUAGCAUCUAAAGUGAAGAGGGUGGUGCAGCUAGCUCGGGAAGAAAUCAAAAAUGGGAAAUGUGUUGUUAUUGGCCUGCAGUCAACAGGAGAAGCAAGGACGCUAGAAGCUUUGGAGGAAGGUGGUGGUGAACUGAAUGACUUUGUUUCUACAGCAAAAGGAGUAUUCCAGUCUCUUAUUGAAAAGCACUUUCCAGCUCCUGACAGGAAGAAACUGUUUAGCUUGUUGGGAAUUGACUUGACUGCUCAAAGCAACAACAAUUCACCCAGAGACAGCCCUUGCAAGGAGAACAAAAUAAAGAAACGGAAAGGUGAAGAAGUAAGCAGAGAAGCCAAAAAAGCUCGUAAAACAGGUGGCCUUGCAGGUAGCAGCUCUGAUGAGAGUGAAAGUGAGUCUGAUGCUUCAGACAAUGAAGAAAGUGACAAUGAGAGCCUCAGAUUUUUGAGUUCUGGAGAUGAUGACGACUUCAACCCAUUCAGAGAUGAAUCCAGUGAAGAUGAUGAAGAUGAUCCCUGGCUAAUUAGAAAAGAGCAUAAAAAAAAUAAAGACAAGAAAAAGAAGAAAAGUAUAGACCCAGAUUCUAUACAAAGUGCCUUAUUAGCUUCUGGUCUUGGCUCAAAACGACCUAGCUGUUUUACUUCCACUGUUGGUACCACUACUUCUAGCACCAACACAUCAGCAAACAGUAACGCAAACAGCAGCUUUGUAACAAGUCAGGAUGCUGUUGAAAGGGCCCAACAAAUGAAGAAAGAACUGCUUGAUAAACUGGAAAAGCUGGCUGAAGAUCUUCCACCUAAUACACUGGAUGAGCUUAUAGAUGAACUGGGUGGUCCUGAAAAUGUUGCAGAGAUGACAGGCCGCAAAGGGAGAGUUGUGAGCAAUGAUGAUGGCAGCAUAUCUUAUGAGUCAAGAUCUGAACUUGAUGUGCCUGUUGAAAUUCUGAACAUCACAGAAAAGCAGAGGUUCAUGGAUGGAGAUAAGAACAUUGCCAUAAUCUCGGAGGCUGCCAGCUCUGGUAUCUCACUGCAAGCAGACCGUAGAGCUAAGAAUCAGAGGCGGAGAGUUCACAUGACUCUGGAGUUGCCAUGGAGUGCGGAUAGAGCAAUACAGCAGUUUGGAAGGACUCACAGGUCCAACCAAGUGACUGCUCCAGAGUAUGUAUUCCUAAUUUCUGAGUUGGCUGGAGAGCAAAGAUUUGCAUCCAUAGUUGCAAAAAGACUGGAAAGCUUGGGAGCCCUCACCCAUGGUGACAGACGGGCUACAGAAACUCGAGACCUCAGCAGAUUCAAUUUUGACAACAAGUAUGGCAGGAAUGCUUUAGAGAUUGUUAUGAAAUCCAUUGUGAAUUUAGACUCCCCAAUGGUCUCUCCGCCACCUGAUUUUCCUGGAGACUUCUUCAAAGAUGUUCGUCAAGGAUUGAUUGGUGUAGGCUUGAUAAAUGUAGAAGACAGAUCUGGAAUUCUAACGCUUGAUAAAGAUUAUAACAAUAUAGGAAAAUUUCUGAAUAGAAUUCUUGGUAUGGAAGUACAUCAGCAGAAUGCUUUAUUCCAGUACUUUUCUGACACGUUAAAUGCUGUUAUUCAAAAUGCUAAAAAGAAUGGAAGAUAUGAUAUGGGCAUCUUAGAUUUGGGCUCUGGGGACGAGAAAGUAAGGAAGGCAGAUGUUAAGAAGUUUUUAACUCCCGGAUAUUCUACCUCUGGACAUGUAGAAUUAUACACAAUCAGCGUAGAGAGAGGAAUGUCUUGGGAUGAAGCAACUAAGCUCUGGGCAGAACAGACAGGUCCAGACGAUGGGUUUUAUUUAUCACUACAGAUAAGAAAUAACAAGAAAACUGCUAUUCUUGUGAAGGAAGUGAAUCCUAAAAAGAAGCUUUUUUUAGUAUACAGACCAAAUACUGGGAAACAACUCAAACUAGAAACAUGUGCAGACCUGAAAAAGAAAUAUAAGAAGGUACCUUCUGAAGAUGCUCUACCACACUGGUUAGAGCAGUACAAUUCUUCUGCAGACACCUGCACACAUGCUUAUUGGAGAGGCAAUUGUAAGAAGGCAGGCCUGGGAUUAGUUUGUGAAGUGGGACUCCGCUGUCGAACUUACUAUGUCUUGUGUGGUUCAGUAUUGAGCGUCUGGACAAAAGUAGAAGGCGUUCUAGCCUCUGUGAGUGGUACAAAUGUGAAAAUGCAAAUAGUUCGUCUAAGAACAGAAGACGGUCAGAGGAUCGUAGGCUUGAUCAUUCCUGCAAAUUGUGUAUCGCCCCUUGUAAACCUCCUGUCGACGUCAGACCAGUCUCAACAGCUUGCAGUACAACAGCAGCAGAUAUGGCAGCAGCAUCACCCACAAAGCAUCACCAAUUUCAACAAUGCAUAAGAGGACAAACUACAGGUGUUGACUUUGGUGUUUGAGGAAAAGGCUGUAAAAGCAUAUCACUUGCAUAAAAAUCAGGGACAGAUUCCAAAGAAAUAUAACUUUUUCAGUUCAGUUGUGUGCUCUCAAAUACUUUGGGAAAUAAAGAGAUCUAAAAAGGUUGGUAGAACUGAAAGCCAGCAGUUGUUCAUGGUGGUGCAUCUGUCUUUCCUUAUGCUCUCUGUAGUGCUUCCUGUUUGCUUUUACUUUUGGCCUUUUAAGCUACAAACCACAAUUUGUUUGAAAAUGCUUGAAAGUCCCCAAGCAGGCUUUAUUUUUAUCUUGUCAUACAGUGCUCAGGGUUUAACGCAGUGCAUCAAUGCCAUUGCUGUGGGAGAUAUCCUUGAAUGCAUGUACUGAGUAUAUAUAUAGAAAAUAUAUAUUGGGUUUUUCUCUUCAAUUUAUAAGUUUAUAAAAGCAUGAAACCUAGAGGUUGCACAUCAUGCAUUCAGGUUCCUUCCCAGUUUCUGUUUGACAGUGCAUGUCUUUGGAAACGGGCAUGGACAGGAUAAAUACACGAGACAGGAAUUCAGAGAGAAACACAAUCUUAGUUGUACAGCAUUGGUUAUUGCAUUUUUAUAGUGUUUAUACCCAGGUGUUGCAUUUUUUCUGGUUCUCUCCUGGGGGUUAUAUAUUUGAGUCUACAACAUGUUCUUUUUGUGAUAAACAUCUUAAAUUAAAAUUAGUUCAUUUUUAAUGUAUUAAUGGUAUUCCUAAUGUGUACUGCAAAGAUGGCUGGAUGCCUAUUUUUCCUUAAAUUGAAGCAUUUCCUUAAUCCGAGGUGGUUAUGGAAACUUAAGUGCAAAUUCACUUCCAUCUCGCAUACAAUCUUAUAUUUUUUACUUCAUUAAUGUAAUUUAAUUUGUCACUUGUAAGAUGAAACCUUACUUGAGCUGUAAAUUAGAGAAUGGGAAACACUUGAGGGUUCCGCUGUAUGUGCUGUUUCUGUUACCCAGUAACUUGAAUACUGUUCAAUAUGUUGUAAGACAUUGUAGAGUUUAUCUGGAGCUGUUUAAAAGAAAUUGUAAUGUACAAAUGUGAAUAGUCACUUAUCUAUAAUAUGGGUAAGUUUUGUUUUGCCUAUAAUAGUAGAUGUUUAUAAGAAAGUGAAGGACAAUGUUUGUCAUUUCUUGCUUGCACAGGUUGCACUAUUGAAAAAUUGAGAUUGUAUAAACCUGUCCAAAAAAACUACAAGAUAAUGAUCUUGUAGAUGUCAAAUAAAAGUUAUUGUACUAACAAGAAGUGGAGUCUUGUUUAGGCAAUCACUGUAUUCCAAAAAAAAAAAAAACUAACAAGUCUUUACAAUUGGAAUUUACAGGACUUGGCAUGUUCUGGUCUGCUUUAGCCAGGCUUCUGUCUUGCAGUCCAAAUAUUUCAGUUGAACUCAUUAGUGAGGCAAGAGGUAAACUGUAUUUAAACCUUGAUGCAAAUUUUAAAUAAGGGUCUCCUGCCAGAGCAGCAAUUCAUCGUAGCGUGUCAUUUUGUAAACCUUCAGGGAGCCAGAUUCAAGUGUCACAGAGUUUUUCCGUAAGUAAUGGGGCCAGAAGUUCCAUCACUUCAGGCUGAAGUGAGCUCCCUUGCAUGGAUUAUUUCACUUGAGGCUCUGUUAGCGCUACCAGUGCCAGCACCCCCAUGUAGUAAUGGUGCACGUGCUUGUUGGGGAAGGCACUCAGCCUGCUCUCCUCAGCUCCACGACUUGAAAUGGUCGGGGGGUUAUUCUUGCACACAGUUCUGACUAACUGGAAAUACAGAUCCAGAAUAAAUUGGCAUGCAUGCUAUUGCUCUAGCACCUGCUAUGUCUUUAUAAAGUACUUGUAAUGCAGGUGGUAGGUGUGUCUUGAGGUUUUUUUUAAUCCUCUGGUAGCGAAGGGAAGCUUGCCUGAAUGCUGUGAUAUCAGUAGAAGCUGAUUAUGCAUUGGAAAACUCAAGACCACAGACAGGGUGUGGGGGAGGAUGUUCAUGUGUUAUGUACCCACCAUUGGAUGUAUUUGGCAUCCAUUCCAGGAAAAGCAAUGGGAUUUUGAGAAGUAUGUUGACAGAUUACUAUUGCAACAGAUAGUGAACCAAAUUGCUAGUAACAGCAAGCAGUGUAUGUGGACUUCAGUUGUUUUUUUAAUCAAUGUAGAAAUAACUUCUGUACUCUGAGGGUGACAUGGUAUUUUCCAUCUUAAUCCUCAGUAAAAUGGAGUAGUAAAUUCACAAGAUGUCCCUGCUGGCAGCAGCGGGGUGGACUAGAUCUUUAAAGGCCCCUUCCAACCUCCAACCCAAACUAUUCUCUGAUUCUAUGAAAUAGCAAUUCUUGUAAUGAGUGGUUAUUUAAGUACGCUUCAGCUCCUGAGUGCUCUUCUCACCCGAUUAUGUUAAGUUUGGUGGUUGGGUUGAGCAACAACUAACUGGAUGUUACCUGUAUUGAUAACUAAACACCACCACUUAAUUUCAGGAUUUGAAGGUGUAUACUGUUCAUUCAUCCCUCUUAAAUUUUCCAUAGGCUUGUGUUACCUGGAGGAAAAAAUAAAACCAUACUAAAAGAGCUGUAAGAAUUGUUCCUAUUCCAGUAACGGGUUCCCCCUACUUGCUCUUCUUUGCAUGUUCUCUCCCACUUGCCACUAUCAAUUCCUUGGCUCUGUCAUUCUGUUACUAACACAGCUGCAUCCACAGUCCAGAGUGUUGCAACAUCCCAAAGGUUAACAUCAAAGAAGGAUGGUCUUCAAGCUACAGAAACAUUCUCUUAAAAAAUCAUGCUAGAUCUUUUAAAUUGUUAUUUGCUAAUAUGUCUUUGUAUUAACUGCUGGUAAGACUUGGGGAAGAAAAGGAUUAUGAAUAGCACUAUGGAUGAGAUAAGGACAGCUAUGUGUUAACAUCUUGCAGCACUGCCUGUAAGAAAAGCAUCCUCAAAGGGAGGAAAAAGGAGAGACCAAUUGUCACGUCAUAUAAAUUAUAAGGCUAGAAUUGUAUCUAUAUCUUUGUUACUUCUGGAACAUCAGAACUGUUUCACAAAAAUCAGCAUCUGAAAUGGAUGUUAAAUGUAUAAAGGAUAGAUGCUUCUGAUAACAGAGGCAAGCCUAAAUGUAAGAUGCUGGUGGUAAUUCCUGUACUGGGUGAGUUCUGGAAGCAUGCUGUAGAAGGGGAGGAUAUUUCUUUAAGUUGACUUGAGAAAUGAAGGGAUAAAAAAACUUGGGUUUUCUUUUUUUUAAACGUCCCUUGACAGCUACUGAAUAUUGACUUGUUAACCAGUUUCAUACUUAAGAUGUGUCUGACACAGCAAAUGCAGUUAUAAACCCCUAAAAACCCACUCUGCACAGCAAGUUUUCGGAUUUUUUCCAAUUGCUGUGUGGUGCGUUAGGAAUAUACACUUCUCGUAAGGACUUAAAGUUCCCCAAAGAUGCUAGUUGUCUACUCGAUGUGUGGUAUUUUCUUUGUAAAUGAAGAAAGCUCUGCAACCUGUAAACAUUUGUCAAGUGAAUUAUCAAGGGGUUUUUGUAUUUUUCUUUUGCGUUUGGAAUAAGCUUCGUUCAGAUCCUAUUGCAGUUUGUACAUAUAUAGAAAGAAUAUGUAUGUAUAUAGAGAUGUUAAAGGCUACUGAAUUAAUGAAUGUAAAUAACUCUUGUUUUCCUUUGUGUGUUUUUUUUCUUCAUGACCUUCCCAAGAUGUAUUCCUAUUUUCUCAACUUGCCAAAUAGGCCAUUUGUGUGUACUUUGAAAUAUAUAUAGCAUAUAUAAAACUUCCAAGGGAUGUCUGCAUACAUUGUAGAUGUUUAUACGUUGUCAUCAUUUUUUUCAAAACUAUCAGUUGUCUGUCUUCCACGGUCCUUUUCAUGCUGUGUGUUUUUAUUUGAUAUUUUUAGUGUAUAAUGCAUUUUUUUGCAAGAAAUUGGUUCCCACUACCUUCCAGUUGACUUGUACUAUUCGCUUUUAGUGCCUGUAUCAGAAAGAAACAUAUUUUGUUUUUCUUUAGUCUUUUCAGUGCAUUUCAGAUCUUAAGCUUCAGUCCUAGGUAAAUUUCAGUUUUCUUCCACCUACUGGUAUCUCAAAUUAUGCACUCAGUGAGCUCCUACAAGAAGAGUUCUAGGUAAUUAAAUACAUCAGCAACAGAACCUGCCCACUAGCCUAACAUGUAAAAGGUUGAUUACUAUAUCCAUAUUAAAUAUUAACUGUCUUAAAAGCACUCUAGAAAAGAGGGAUAAUUUGGCAGUAGAAAAGAUGCUGCUCUUGUAGAUUGUUUCCUGGGAAAGUUUUGAGCUUCCUGUAAUGCGUAAAUGUGCGAAACAGAGGUAAUGGAAUUUCUAUACCUUUGGAAAAUGGUGCACAUUUUUAAUUGCCAGAUAAAAACACGUAUCUUUGGAUCUAAGUUAGAGAUGGAUGAGAAUUUCAUUGAAUUGUCUGUUUCUAAUUUAGCUUAUUAAGCUUCCAGCAGCUGUCACACCAGCUUUGUCCUUCCCCUUUUGCUCAUGCUGGGAUGGACUGUGCCCAUACAGUUUUUUCCAGAAUUAAGUGGUUUGCAAAGUCCAUUGACUGGAGAGUCAUUGUAAGAAGCGUACAGCUGCAAAUAGCAGCAAAAUACUUCUGGUAGUUUCUAUGGUCAAUACAGGCUUAAAAAUGAAUGCUGAGAAAGAAGCGUUUUGGUAGCUGCAUGGUUCUGUGUCGCAGAGUCUCAUGGUAAAGGCUGACAAAGUUGGCAGAAGUAAUGAAGUAAUGCAACCACAAACAUGCAUGAGUGCAGAAUGAGACAUGGGAAACCUCCGGGGCUGACGCUUCAGACAGCCGAGAGCAGUGUUGGCCUCCUUUGCUGCUUAGGUUGUACACCCAGUUUGAGAGGCAACAAUUCUCUUUUUGAGGAGAAAAACAUGAAGGAGAGAAGAAAAGACUUGGAAAUAGGAGUGUCUCAGCUGCAAUUAGAACAGCCGAGGGCAAAUUACCUCUAAAAGCUUAUGCUGAAUUGGCUGAUAAGUAAAAACCUCUAGUAAGAACUUUCUUAAUCAGCUUUGCUUCACUAUGUCUUAAUUGGUCCCAAACCAUUUUUUGAGGGGACAAAGUUUGAGGCUAUGAUAAGCUUGCAGAAUAGGAGCUGGGCAGGUUUAAGUUGAAGCCAAAACUAGCAAACAGAAUUUCAGUCUGCUGUGUUACGAACUGACACUGCAGGUUUUCACAGAAUUCCACGCUGCGCGUGUAAAAGACUGGCAUUUCUUUCCUGAAAAAAAAAAAAAAAAGUAGCUGUGCUGGGAGGACAGACUGAAAGGAAAGGAUUCGAUGCACUUAGGCGGUUAGCUUAACCAACAUAGAAAUACAUCCAGAUUUAAAUGGUGUAUUUAAAAAAAAAACUCCUCCAGUGGUGAAGUAGCUGAAUCAACAUGUGUUAAGCUUUAUAAGAACUAAGUUUGGCUAGUGUUUCCGAACCUAGUUGCUCGUAGGGCAUAAUUAGACAGGUCACCUGCAGAGGAAUGGUUUUCCUAUGUUUGAUUUGCACUGGGAAGGAUAAAGAGACGUUUCUGCAAGCAUAUUUACCUAUCUGCUUUCUGAUUUGGAGAGGUUGACUUCAGUAAAAUGCCAGAUUCGUUGCAGGCACAUGAUGGCAUUUUUAUUUGCCAGGUCAUUUGAUUUAUUAAUUACUUACAUAAAGUCCCACAGCAUACUGAAUUUUAUUUGAGGUGGGUGUUCUUUGCCUCAGCAUCUUUUGGCAAUCCUGUGGAGGGACUGUAUUGCACCCCUGCAAUAACUUCUGCUGUGAGACUACCUCUGCAGUAAGGAUACGCUAUUUUUUUAAAGCAGGACUUCCCUAUUAAUGCUACUUCAGUCUGCAGCUUUAAUAAUCCAACGUGACAAAAUUCCAAAGACAUGUAACAUUUAAGUUGAAUUGUGUAUGGUUAUUUUUGUUAUUGUUGUUGCCUAUCCUAAUGGGAAAGGUUUGCCAACCUUAAAAACUUCACCCUACAGCACAGUGUUACACCGCAUGUCCCCGCGUUCCCCAUUUGAGCAGACAAUACCUGUACAGGCCAACCGUUCUCAUACAAAGUGGCAGAAUUGUGAGUGCCUGGCAAUAAAAUAGUGUUGAGAAUGAUUUAUAUUCACAAAAAUGACAAACUGUGGAACACAAAUUAUGUAUUGAGGUUUUUUUGGUAAAAAAAAUGUUAAAUAAAUUAAACUGACUAC